GAAAAUGAAGAAUUACUGAAGAGUAAAAAAGCCGAAUGUUGUGAGCUUGAAGAACGAGCAGAAAAAGCUGAAAGUCAACUGAAAGGACUACGUGAUCAGAUAGCAAACAUGCAGACUGAACGUAGUCGUCUUAUCGCAGCUUCAGUAGGGAGUUCUCAGGUUGUUUAUCUAGUGUUGUUACUAUUAUCUACUACUGAUUGUUAACAUGGAUAUUUCCCAUAAUUGUAUAUGACACUAACCCUGUUAUGCAGUCAUUACGUAGGAUAGUGUUAUGUACUGCUGCUGAGUGAGUAAUUAGAGUUUUCCCCGUCGCCAAUUAUGUUAUGUACUCGUCGAGUGGUAUGAUUCGGAUUGCUUGAAGGUGAAGUUGAACCAGUCUGUUGGUUGAUAAGCAUUUCCAUCAAUUUCAUUUGUCGCUCAAGUAGUAGUUCCAAUUUAGAAGAAUCCAUAGUUUUCUCGUCGCCAUUUAUGUUAUGUACUCGUCGAAUAGUUAAUAGUCCUGAUGCGGAAAGAGGGAAAUCAUAAGAGCACCAGGUUUACGAUGAUACUUGUUUUUUCCAGACAGGAAAGUAAAUGUCGCACAAGAGUGUGAGUGAAAUGGUACGUAGUGUACGAAACGUGGGAACAAGUAUGAACAAGUAUACAAUACAAAAGCAUAUGUGAAAUUGACUAAUACACAUGAACCAAUAAAUAGAUAGUCUUAACAUGAUUGGUUGUAAUGUCAUGUAACAACAAGGUCAUACAUGUUUAUUUAGUUAGUGGACAGACAAAAGCAUAUUAUCAGUUAUAAUGAAAUAUCGAUCUAUAUAAACAUAGCAGAAUAUAAUAGACUGUCAAAAACAAAACACACAUAAUGUGGAUACAUAUCAGAUAGUAUACCAUUUCGAAGGGUAUAGCUUACUAACUCAGUGUGGUUGCUAGCUAGCUGUCUUUGAUCAUCGUUGUCUGCGUUAUAUCUCCCGUGUGAAGUUGUCUAAUGGGGUGAGCAAUAUUAAUGUUAGGCGUUGAGUGCUAGGUAAGGAAGGAGGAGAAAUCAGUCGAUGAGGCUGUGAAGCUACGUGUGUUACGAAUGCCGAGCCAUCGCCUUCCUCGACAGGCAAUGUUAGCUGACAUACAAUCGAUGAAGUUGGAAAAGAGAGAGCUAGUGAUGGUCAAACGAAAACAUGGCUUCAUCAUUCAAUGAAAUCCACAACAGUUAGUUUAAGCCAUCCAGUGAUGUAGGGAGGUGUAAACUUCCUGGUUGAAGUCCUCGGGACGGUAAAAACCAGUGAAGGCUGGAGACAAUUGGUGAUAUGGCUGAAAAUCGUUCUCACUGAUGACUGGGUCAUAUGCACCCACUCCUUGUGACUUAUAAUUUCCAAUGAAACUAUAUUGUUCUUCCAUAUAACUAUUCUUUUUGCCUCAUAUCUCUGUAUGUUAUCUCUGUUUUGAGUAUCUUCUUACUUCUUCUCUCCUGCUUUGUGUGUUACAAGGAGGGUAAUGUGGGAACUCGAGGUGGUGCACAUCAGUGCAACGUUCUACGUUGAAACCAGUUAGUCAGUCAGUCAUUUCUAGUAAUAAAUAUCUUUCCCAUAUACUAGAACAGCUUUGUUAUAAAAGGCAUUCCAUCAACACCGUAAGGGUAGGAAAUCUCCCAUCAUACUGAUGAAAGCCUGAUUUUAGUACUCAACUGUCAAGCAGUUUCAUUAUUGAAGAAAAAAAUCACAGAGAUGAACAGUUAUUUUCCGUGCUAAAAACAGUGUACGAAUAGUUUGUUGGAAUUACUCUUGUUAAGGAAACACGUUUCUAUACUCUGUUAUGCAAAGACAAGUUUUGUUAGUCAUCAAUACUUACUUGUAAUGUUUAUCUCACUGCCUACAUGAAUUCUGUGGUUUGAUGUAUACAGACAUUUUACUCUACUCAGUCUGUAUUUUUGAUGGCUUUUAAUUGAGUGUUCUGAGUAGUGGGAAACAGUACUAUUUCACAGCAAAAUAUGCUGUCACACAAGAUCGAAAAUCUACAGGCGGAUAGCGAAUAGUGGACUUCAAGUAGACAUGGAGAAGGCAGAAGUGAUGAAGAUACUUAACUAACAGCAACAAGCACCAAUCACUAUCUCAACGAGAGAAAUUUGUAGGAAGUUGCCUCUUUCACUUAUCUACGCAGUUAUCAUUUCAACUUCAGGGUUUCAAAGUCAGUCAGAACGGACAAGGCAAAAUAGAGUUUCACUACAGAAUCAGUGUGUAAAUUUAAAGAUCCGAAUUUUAAACACACUAAUGUCAUGUCAUUGCUUCUGUCAUGGUUCAGACACUUGACUCAUGCGUCUUCGAAAGCAUUUCUAGCAGGUUACUGCAGACUUUCAUCAAUAGCUAGCCACCUCCGGUGGAUGUUGAAGGCAGGUUGCUGGCCGGAAAAGUAUGAAUUGGAGGUGCUCUGAGCACACAGUUGAGCGACAUCAUCAUACACCAGGCAGUGGAAUGGAAUCUGAACGAGAAACAAGGACGAGUUGAGCGUCUUAGAGUGACAUAGAGGAGACCGUGUGAGAAGCAAAUGAAGCUUAUGAGCAAUCGUAGAGUCAGGUAAAAAGAUUGCAGAGAAAAGGAUAAAAUGGAGGUGUCCCUUUUAAAGUAUACGUUUCAUUCGGAACCCAAGGAAUGAUAAUUAAUAAAUAAUCGUUUUAUUCCUGUAAAAUGCCUAGUUUGGUCUAAUUUCCUCAUUUGACUUUCAUGCUCAAUAUGACUGAUGUAAAUUAGUUGCUUAUCUGUUAACUGUGUUGAAGUGGUUUUGAAGUUCACUUGACAGAUGUUUAUGUGACUUGAUCGUCUGUAUUUCAGUUACAUCGUCUAUUGUUAAGCAUUGUCAGUUUGAAGUCAAUGACCUCCCUAGGUUAUGAACCACACAUGUUGUGUAACGGCUGUUUGUAUUACCCAGUUGCUCGGACUCAAUUAUGUGAUAUUGGUGGAAACAAUUGGUAGUAAGUGGAGUGCUUAGCUAAUGUUGUAAGGAGAGCAGUGUGUGUCGUAGCACAGUCGCGGAAUUCUACACUAUAUGAAGUAAAGUUGUGUGUAUUCAUCCAUCCAACCUACACAAAGCAGAUAAUUUUUGUUUUUGUUUGUUUCUUCUUUUCUAUUAGGAACCUUCAGUCACAAAGCAUCGU